AUGCUUAGCGACCGCACCAUCUGCUGUGCAGGCAAUGCCCUUCGCCCCUACGUCGUGCUGUCGCGCCUGUUCGAUAUCCCCUUGACCAGAACGCGGGCCUUCCCCACCUCGCACUGCGCUGCUGCCGCCUUCUCCACCACCGUCUGCCGUCGCUCCGACAAUGGAGACCCCCACGCUCGCAACAUUCAUGCCACCAGCCUGGAUGUAACCCUGGAGGCCCAUCGUCGUGCUAACCAGGACUCUCUGAUUCGCAGGGUCCACGGUCCGCAACCCCCCCCAUCAGAACACGCACCUCUCAUUUGGCUCAGGCCACACUUGUCCCCUGACCGCUUCGAUUCUCUGCCUGGGCCUGGACAAGAUCCCACAGCAAGGCCCUCCGAGGUUGGCGAUCCGGAGCAGAAGAGCACAGCAAAGAAGGACAAAAAUGCCAAAGAUGAAGGAUCUUUUACAAGUGUCUCCAAGAUUAGAGCAAUACGUACUCCCACCUUGCCAGAUCGAGAGGUGCCUCCGGCCGAUUACCUUGGUCGAUACGUCGAGCCGCUGCAGAAGAGGGACGAUGUCAGGGAUGAAGAUCUACCUUGGUUCGCAGCGUCUCUUCGAUCCGGUGCCACGCCUAUGGAAAGACUUCGAGCCGAGAUAGAGGCGUUUGCAAAAUAUAUCCAACCCACGCCCGAAGAGCAUGCUGGGCGUGUUGCUGUUGCGGAUCACACGCGCAAAACAUGGUCUCGUUUCGUCUCAAGAAAGACCGGCAACUAUAAGAACCUUCAACUUGAGGUUUUUGGUUCUGAAAGGACCGGGUUGGCCACUGCUACCUCUGACAUUGACUUGCGUGUUUACAACCCAGACGUCCAGAAGGAGAGCAUUGCGAUGAAGGCGCCCAGGUACCAUCGGAGAAAAGAGUUCACAUACACUCUAGAGCGCGCUUUCUCGUUCUACGACAGAGAUCAGAGUUUCAUGCUGGUUUUCUUCCGGUAUGCGAGAUAUCCACUUAUCUCAAUGCAACACGCCCCCACGAGCAUCGACGUCCAGCUUGUUUCCAGUAACGACACAGCCCACGCACGGGCGGUUGCGGCAAAGUACAUGGAGGAGCUGCCAGCUCUUCGCUCUUUGUAUAUGGUUUUCAGGCGCAUGUUGGAAAUCAGAGGGCUGUGUGAAGUCUAUUUAGGAGGGAUGAACUCCUAUAGCAUCUUCUAUAUGAUCGCUGCAGGUAUGAAGCUCGGUUCGCCUGCGGCUCAUGAUGAUCCUGCUGCGCAGCUCCUCGCUGUUCUGGACUUUUACUCCAACUUCGAUGCAACUAAAAACUGGAUAUCGUUGGAACCUCCGGAAAUCCUACCAAAAAUCGAGAAGAAGACGACACAGUCCAAGGAAGAGAAGACGAAACUCGCAAAGCACCCCAUUGGCUUGCAAGACCAAAAGCAGCCAUAUCUCUUCUGCCUACGCGACCCUGCCGACGAAACCAACGACCUAGGACACAAAACGUUCCAAUGGAAGCACCUACAGGAGACUUUGAAGACCUUGAACAAGAAACUACGCGAGAAGCUCGAGAACGAUGAUGGCUCAUUGCUCAUCACGCCCUUGGUCGGCAGAAGCUUUGAGCUGUUGGAGGCAAGAAGGACUAGGCUUGCCAGGUUCGGUCGGAAGUAUAUGCACACUCGGCAUGCGCUAGAAGUGCCAGUCGAUCUGACGGGAAAAGAGGCGGGGACUGAGACUGCGGAGGACGUGCCAGUCGAUCUGACGGAAAAAGAGGCGGGGACCGAGGCUGCGAAGGACGUGCCAGUGGUUCUGGCUGAGACUGGGAGCGAAGCUGUGGAGGAAGCGCCGGUGGGUGGGCAGGGCGAUGCUGACGGCGAGGCUGACGGCGAGGCUGCGAAGGCAUGA